GCCGCCGCGGACCUCAGACAACAACGAAGACGUCCCAGUGAUCUACUACCAGCACCUCUACGCCACCGCCAGACAGUGUACCGCAACCAUGACUCGUUAACAUGUGUACGACCUGAAAUAUAUUGUCAGUGGCGAACAGAAAGACUUUAAGACAGAGGAAAGCGUCUCCAAGACCGGGGCUACUCUCAGGGUGCUCGUUCAAGGAUUACCUCGAGUGUGACCGAACCUGUGACAGUUUAACAUUAUCACCACACCCACCACACCCCUCCUUUACAGCAUGCCGGUUGAAAUAGUAGACCCUGAUAUGAUCGGGGAGGACGGAGAUGGGGAGGAAGUGACGGAAGGAUCAGAGACAGAAGAGGAGGUGGAAGGAAGCAGCAGAAAGACAGAAGGACGGAAGGAGAAGCGGAAACCAUCCAUCCAGAGGGAGCUGGCCGACGCCAUUGUUCGUUUAGCGCCCUUGGAGGAGUUAAGGAUCUUGCUCAAAUGUGGAGCCAAUGUAAAGGACACAGUGACCCAGGGCUUGUCCCCUCUCCACUAUGCUGUGUGGCAACGGUAUCCCGAAGCAGCUGAGUUCCUUAUUGCUGAAGACUGCGACAUCAAUGCCAGGGAUGAUAUUGGCUACACAGCGCUGCACCUCUCAGCCGAGCAUGGUUACAUAGACAUGAUGGAGGUCCUCCUCAAGCAUGACGCGCAGGUUAACUUUAACAUCCCACCGGAGGACGAGGAUGAUUUCCCCACAGACGCCUUCGACGAGCCCCUUCGGCUGGCCCUGAAGCACGACCACUUCGAUGCAGCCAAGGUAUUGCUGGAACAUGGCGCCAACCCCAAUACCAGGUACUUCUUUGGCUCUGAGAUCAACUUGGUCAAUCCCCUCAACACCCAGCUCCUCCACCUUCUGCUCUCCUACGGCGCCAACCCUAAUGCGCGUGACAGACAGGGUUUCACCCCCAUCAUGAAGUGUUGUCGCUUGCAACAGGAUGCAUCAGAUGAGAUGGAGAACCGUGAGAGUAUCUCUGGGGUGGAGGUCCUGCAGCACUUCGCCCAGACCCUCAUGGGUUUGGAGGCAGUUCUUCUCCUCAUCUCCUUUGGAGCCAACGUCAACGCUCGCACAGAGGCACGCCACGACUACAGGAGGAAUUGCCUUUUUUUUCACUCUUCCCGACCAUCUCUUGCGAACCCCCUCAAUAGGUCUGUGCUCCACUACGCUGUCCUCUCCGGCUCCGUCGCCAUCGUCAACCUCCUCCUGAAGCAGGGCGCCAGGGUCAACUUCGAGCCGGAGUACAAUAAGCCAACGCCCCUCGACCUGGCCAUUCUAAAGGGCGAUGUCGAGAUGGUGCGACUGAUUCUUGAACACAAUCCGGAUUUAGAUGCCAGCUCUCCCAUCAUCGGAUCUCCCCUUCACAUGGCUUGUAGUGAGGGCAUUCCCAACCGCCUAGAAAUCUUGAAGCUGCUCUUGGAAAAAGGGGCGAACCCCAAUCUGGUGAUCGUUGGGGAGGACAACACUCCCAUCAAGCCGGCCCUGGGAGAGUACCUGGCCUCAAAUGAAGAUCCUGAUGUUGAGGUUGUAAACCUCUUCCUCAGAUAUGGUGCAGAGGUUGUGAUGCAGAGUCAGAACAGAGAUCCCCGUGGGCUCCUGAAUUGCCUUCCAAACCUCACCAAAAGACCAGAUGUGCUCAUCCCUCUCCUGGAGGCUGCACACCGCUUCGACCUCGCCAUUAUUAAACAUUCAUCACUUAUUGAUAAUGACCAGAGAAAGAUCUACCUCAAGGUUGGCCAGUCUCCACUACCCCUCAAACAUCUAGUACGCGUCUUCCUGCGUCAGGAACUUGCCGAGAAAAUCCCACUCCGGAUUGAUGAACUUGAUCUUCCAGUCAUUAUGAAGAAGUACCUGCUGUAUGAAAUUAGUUAACUGAUCGGUCACCGCUAGUAUUUAAGGUCUAGUUUUGAUAUUACUAUUGUGCAUUAUUGUAUACUGUGUAUGCUUCAUUUGUAUAUUUGUUUAGCUGACAUGUGAUUCUUACAGGUUGGUUCUCUGUUCCAACUUGUUUCAUUUGAGUAAUGAAUUAGUUUUAGUUAUUGAAACUGUAUGAAAAUUAGUCUGCGUUUCGUUAAUAUUUUAGUCAACUAUCAGGAAUAUUUUCGCCAAUUUGAUACAGAUCUAUUAGAAGAAUAAUUUGACAUGUAAACCAUAACUAAAACUCUGCACUUUACCACAGUACUGUGGUUUUCACAACUAAAAGAUUUGGGUUUACUUUGAAAUGCAGAAAGUUACAUUUCCUGAUUUCCUACUUGCUUGUGAUAUUUCUUUACUGAGAUUUUAUAUAUAUAUAGGCGUAUAGUACAUUACAACUUCUUAAGAUAAUUUGCGGCUGGUCGGGAACAUUUAGCCAACACAAAGAGUGAAAUCUCAUUGUUGGAGGCUCAUUGAAAUAGCUUAGAUUAUUGACAUCAAUAAAUUGCAUAUGUGUAGUUUACCAUUAAUUUGUAAUGUAUCUGAUAACGAUGCAAGUACAUUGGCUUCAAGUAAACUUACACCGGGUUGUCACUAGCCAAAUAAACUUAGCUCUGUUAAUCUGUCUUCUGAGCUUUGUAUUUUUCUUAAAUUAACCGAUAAUAAAAUUGAUUUUGUUAAAUAUCUUACGAGAAUAUCUUUGCAGCGGGACUGCGGGAUGGCACCUCUGUCCCGGCUAACCCCUCAAUCUAAAAAUGUUGUCAUGGAUCUAUCACGUUAUUGUGAUUUUCAUUGUGUAUUAGAAUUUGUAUAUAUUCCGACAAACACGGCAUAUAGUUUAUUUAAAAGCUGAAAACAAUUCUGUGACUGCCGCCAUGGUUGUAUUAGAUGAAUCGUCUCGUUAGGACGACAAGUUAGUUAGGGUUGAUAUUUCAGUUUACCUUUAAUAGUGUCGUUCACAAUAACUAUUGGGUAUGUAUUAGAAAUUUCAUUAUUUGAGGCAAAGAGGUAUAUUCAUUGCCACUUUACCAUAUAGAAAGAGGAAAAAUCCCUCCUGCCCAGCAGUUAAUUUGGAACAACACUGUUUUGUUGAUUGGAGAAACACAGGUAAAACUGAACACAUUACCACGUAGUUUUAAUGAACUUUCAUUAGUAUGUAAAGUAGGUUUUGAAAUAUUUUUACAUAUCAAAUACUUUUAUAUGUAUAUGGGUGUUGUGUUUUGUAUUGUCAGUUAUUUUUGUAAAACAAUAUAUAUGUAUAUAUAUAUUAUUUAUGUACAUUUUUUACUGUUUUUUAUUUUAAUAUUAUGAUAUAAAUAAAUGAAAAUCAAAACUUGCUAACAAGAUGUAUCUCGGAAUAAUUUUUUGACAAUUUUUACCAUAUUAGAAUUUCUCAGAUCAAUGAUGCAUUUGGCCAAUGAAUGAGGCCAAUGCGAUACAAAUGGAUUGUAAAUGGAUAGGCUAGCAAGCUGCCACCAUUGUUGUUGCAUAAGUAAAGGCGAACAAGUUUGCUUUAUACUGUAUUUGAGAAAGAAUUGGUUAAUAGGAAUUUUAAGUUUGUUUAAAAAUCAUUGAACCACGUACACCAAGCAAAGGUUAAUUUGUGGGAUGGUAAGAUGAGUUAUUUUUAACGCAAUGGUUAAUUAAUGAUUUAAUGUUAACCCUUAUGUGCACAUAAUUCCAGGACCUCUGUAAUUUUUAUUGCUAAUUAUCUUCUCAUAACUGCAAAAUAAGAUUUGUACUGCAGAGUUUGUAUCCAACAGUAUUACAAGUGUAUAUAAAUAAGUAUAUUAUACAAUAUUAUAUAUAAUACAACAAUAUAUAUAACGGUAUAUAUAUAUACACAGCAAAUAAUCUGGUAUAUUUUUCCUCCAUAUAAUUUCUUGAUAUUAUACAUAAAUAAUAUUAAGCUUUUAUACUUUACUAUUGCAAAAAUUAUUUUUGUAAAUGGAGAAUAAGAAAUAUUUUAGAAAUUGGUAAUAUGCAUUUCUCAAAAUGGAUGAGAGUAUAUUGCGACAGAAAGAAAAUGCAACUUGUUGGUCAGUUUGAGGCUCUGUUAGCAGUACUAAAAUACUCCUGGACAUUUCAUCUUUCCUUCCUAGUAUGGUGCUAGGACUUAACAGGAAGAGUUGUAGUGUUGAGAUGCCAAUACUCUGAUAAAAGGUAUUAAACAGUGUCCCCCAAAUCUCUACCUAACUACAUGUCUAGAUCGUUGAGAUCUUCAGUAGCAGAUAGGCUUGUACGCUUCUUAUGUAUUGGUUUGAGAAUAAAGUUGUUUUAACUUG